UUGGCUCUGUUCAAACUUCAUGUCCUCGGCAUUCUCUCUCACACAGCUUUCUGCUGGUCUACCAUCUUCUCUUCGAUCGUUUCCGGCAGACUCAAAACCGUUGCUCUUCUCACCCCAGUGUCGAAUCCCAACCAACCAUCAACCAGCUAGUUAUUCUUGCACUUCGAAAACAUGACGGCAUCCAAGCCUUGGGACUACGUAAUCGUCGGUGGCGGCAUCGCUGGCUGUGUAGUCGCCAACCGUUUGAAGCGCUACCAGCCCGAGUCUCGCAUUCUCUUGAUUGAAGCCGGUCCCGACGUCAGUAGUAAUAAAGACAUUCUUCACUUCAGCUCCCUCAAGUUUGUCGGUGGCCAGUUUGACUGGGGUUAUAAAACCACACCCCAGAACAACCUCGAUGGGCGAGAGAUCGAUAUUCCAUCAGGCCGAGCCCUUGGUGGUGGCUCUGUUAUCAAUGCUUGCGGAUGGCUUCGUGGCGCCAAAGCCGACUACGACACGUGGGCCGAGAUAGUCAACGACAAGCGCUGGGGCUACGAAGGGCAACUACCCUACUUCAAGAUGACCGAGCGAUGGUUCAACGACAACCCUGAUGCCCUCGACGCCCAUGGACGGGAAGGUGCUCUGCAGAUCGAGUCACCGAGCUACCACAACCGCAUAUACCCCUUGACCAAGACAACCCAGAAGGCAUGGGCCGAUAUAGGUGUAGAUACACUCCCUAGAGCAGACAUGAACGCUGGUACCAACUUGGGACUUGGCGAGCUUAAUGAGAACCGGUCUAAAGGCGCUCGACAGAUUGCACCCUCGGUGUACCCCCUCGACGGAAUCACAGUACAGACCGACACGCUCGUACAAUCUAUCAUUCUUGAUGGGUCUCGUGCAACUGGUAUCCGACUUACAGAUGGAACAGAAGUCCAAUCGCAAGAGGUCAUCGUUGCUACUGGCGCUUAUCGAACCCCUCAGCUGCUUAUGUUGUCUGGAAUUGGGCCCAGAGAAACCCUCGAGAAACACGGUAUCGAGGUGAAGGUCGAAAACUCUGAGGUUGGAAAGAACUUCAACGACCAUGUGAAGGUGCACUUGAACUGGAAGUUGAAAGACCCAUCCAAAGGCUUCGCCAUCGGCUCUGGUAACCCUAUUUUCACUCAGCCAGAGUUCACGACAGGCGUUCCCCUCACCUAUGUCGCCGGAACCACUAUACCUAGAGAUGUUCUAGAGGCAGCCAUCGCUAAAGAUGAGGGUGAAACCGCCGUUUCUCCGGAACAUGAUCUUCUCAAGAGAGACUGGUCACUGAUGGAGACCCUUGUGAUGUAUCUCGGAUCACCUCCUGUGGGAGUUGACGGCGCUCAUAUUAGCAGUGCUCUAAUGGCGCUGAAACCCACGUCACGAGGGACUGUAACUAUUACUUCCAACGAUCCUAAGGAUCCUCCGCUCCUAGAUCCGAACUACUUCUCAACCGAGGUCGACAAGGCCGUUUGGCGUCACUCAUUGCGAAAAGUCACCGAACUGAUGUCUGGUAAUACAGCACUGGGUGAAGUCGUCGAGGGUGAAACGCCAUACCCCGGCUUCGAGCCGAUCGGACCUGACUCAACUGACGAAUACCUCGACAAAAGAGUCAAGGCACAUGCAGGUUCUACAUUCCACGGUUCCAGCUCCUGCUCAAUGGGCAAGGUGGUUGACGAGGAAUUACGUGUGAAAGGGGUACCGGGUCUCCGGAUUGUUGAUGCCUCAGUCUUCCCUAUCUCAAUUGGCGCUCAUAUCCAGGCAGCCGUAUAUGCACUCGCUGAGCAAGCAGCUGUCAUCAUCUCCGGGAAGACUAGCUAGACAGGAUAGCUUUGAAAUAUUCACAGCAAAUUCUCAUAUUGGGCAGAUCUGUGAUACAUUGACCAGUUCAAAUG